AUGUCGGCGCAAGAUACAUACGAGUGGCAGCAGACGGAGCGCGAUGUGUGGACACGCACGUGUCUAGGACACGAGGCGUCGGCGUCGUUCAACGAGAACAUCGCCUACGGCCACACGGAGCUCUCGGUGACAGCGACGUUCCGAGUGCAUCAUCCCGCCAGUUCGGGCAUUGCCGGUACCGACCGGGAGCUGGAUGAUCUCGUGGCGCGCGUGCGCGACGCGUGGAUUCGAACGCGAUACCUACGACCCGAGGUGGCGGUCGAGAUGACCACACACACGGAUAUAUCGAUGCCACAGAGAUUCACCUACCGCGUGCUUCGCGAUGAGGCAUCGCUACGUCGGUGGGUGGAGCAGACCAUGGUGGUGGUGAGGCUCGGUGAGCCCGGUGCAGAGAGCUUGGAAGAGGUGUGCGCGUACACGUACAACCGAGCCCUCCCAACGCCCGGUAAGCAGUCGAUGCUCUACCUCAUCCUUCCGCGCCUGGCGGACGAAAAGGAUCGCAACGCCCACUUUGUCUGGAACGUCUCGCACGCGCUGGCCGACGGCGGCAGCAUCUCGGAGCUGUACAACGUGCUUCUGCAGGCCAUGAUCGAUGCUGCACCCUCGACCGAUGGAUCGGUGUACAUUCCCUCGGACCACGAGCUGGAUGUACUCCCACUCCUCCCACGAAGUGUGGUGGCGGCGUAUCGCCAGCAGCACAAGCCGAGUGCGGCGGACGAGGAGGCGGCGGCCGAAACGGCUCGUGACAACCUGCGUCUGAUCCAGGCCAAGAUGAACGAGUCGCUGGCACUGCAGCCCGUAACCAACUGGACCACACGCAAGCACGAGACCAUCUGCAUCCGCCGGGAUAUCGAGGCGGACGACGCGCGCGAGCUGAUCAAGUUCGGAAAGCACAUCAAGUCGGGCGUGACGUACCUGGCGUCGGCAGCGACGGUGCUUGCGACGGCCGAGACGUUUCCGGAGCGCAAGGCUUCGAGCUCAGGCGCGCUGAUGGGCAUGGUGCGCAACGCUCGAAGGUGGAUUUCCACCGAGACUGUCGAGGGUGCCACUGGCAACCGCACUCCCUUGGGUUCGGACGCUGUCUUUCUCUGGAUCCCCGUCGACACGCAAAAGUCGCUCGAGCCCAGCUUUGAUCGACUGCCUCAACUGGUUUCUCUCGCUGCACGCAUCCGCAGCGAGCUGAACAAGCAUCUGGUAUCGCCGCACUGCAUCUCGUCGUACCCCGUCGUUGCCGACUUUGCACAGGGGGCGCUGACGAACCACUGGGCCGAGAUCGAAGUCGCCAACCGAUCCGCGCACACUCCCAGCGCGGAGGAACUCGCCAAGAUCAUCGGACCUCAGGCACCUGGAUUCUCUUCCGUAGGUGCGCUUCAGGUCCACAAGCGCUUUGAGCCUGUCUCUCCCUCUGCACGAGCGAGCGGGCUGUGGCUCGAGCGCACCGAUGCUGCCCACCGCGGACGCCAGGUGAACGCCUCGCCGUGGAUCAGCAUGCUAAUGAUCGACGGCAAGAUCAAACUUCAGCUCGGCUUUGAUGCCAAGUUCCACGACGCCGUCAAGAUGGAGCAGUGGAUGCAGCGGACCUACGAGUGGCUGCUCGUGUGCGCCGCCGCCGCUUCCUCGUCGUCGUCCGCUAGCACCAUGGCUCCCAUCUCGGCUCGUCUGUGA